AUGGACUGGCUCAAAGACGGCGCGUGUCUCGAGUCCACGUACCCCUACACCGCCCAGACCGGAUCGUGCAGCACUAGCUGCGCCAAGACCAAGCUCAGUUUUGGUCAGACCAUCAAGUCUACAGGUGAAGACAAGCUCGCGAGUGCGCUGGACUCGCAGCCCGUGUCGGUUUUGGUCGAAUCAGGCAACGCAGUGUGGCGCAACUACAAGAGCGGCGUGGUCACCCAGUGUCCUGGAGGUCAUUCCGACCACGCCGUCAUUGCUGUGGGCUACGACGCCACGUCGUUCAAGAUCAAGAACUCGUGGGGGACUUCUUGGGGGAACGGCGGGUACAUGACCCUCAAGCGCGGCGUGGGCGGCAAAGGCAUGUGCAAUGUCGCCGAAGCCGUGGUCUACCCCGCCUUGGCCGGCGACGUCAAGCCCACGUCGCAGUCCCCCACGCCGUCGACACGCAAGCCGUUUCCGACCUCUCCCUCUUCUAGUACCCGCAAACCCUUUCCCAGCUCGUCCAAUGCCCCUCCCACGACCAAGCCCCGCCGUACGCGCAAGCCCAGGGCCAGCAAGGGUGGUCAUAGCGGAGCUUACCCCUCGGACAAUUAG